AUGGAGGCAUACGAUAUCGUUCUCAUAGUUUGCGUUUCAGUUGUUGCAGCAGCUAUCGUCUUGUGUUGUCUCUAUUGUCUCUGUAAUUCCAGUGAUUGGAAAGAGAAAAUCACAAUUCCACCACUCCGGACUGCUCGACGCCGUGAAAUAGGUACAACCACUACUUCCGAUGGAGGAGCUGUAUUUUCUGCUGCUACAGCCGCUGUACUUUUCAACGCUAGUGCUGGCGAUGGAUGUGGUCACCAUGGUGGAGGCUGUGGAGGGGGAGGAUGCGGUGGCGGAGGCUUUUAG